AUGGGUAAUCAAGGAGCAAAGAAGAGAAAGCAACAGAAUGAGAAGGAGAUUAUGAGAUUACAGAUUGCUAUAUUAUCAGUUAAUGUAGUAUAUAUUAUUUACAGAUAUUGGUAUCAUGGUGAUACUUUCACUCUUUCAAACUACUUCCUCUAUGCUGCUACUGUAAUCUUGACUGGUAUACCAUAUCUACUCAUUAGUACAAUGGCCAAAGUAACCAAUAAUGCUGAAGGUGAACUCAUAGAUGGUGGUGCUGACCUCUCUGCCAAAGGAUUGGUCGAGUAUUACUUUGAUUCGAUUUAUAUAUCAUUGUUGGUAUUGUUAUUGGGAUUGCUGUCGGAUAAGGCAUUCUUGAUAUUGUUGGUGAUACCUGGCUUUGCUGGAUACCAAAUCUGGGUCAAGUUCCUUGGUCCUUGGUUCUUCUCUGGUGACAACAAGGAGACAGAGUACGUAGAGUCAAAGUCAAAGAGACAAGAGAAGAUGGAGAAGAGAAGAGACCAGAAUAAAGUACGUUACGUCAGA